UGUCUCUGAGCUACAAUGGCCGUGUUCCUCUUCAUCAAGGACGUGAUCGGUGACGAGAUUUGCUGCUGGUCGUUCUACGGACAGGAGACGCAAGCUGGCAGAGGUCUGCUGUACUCCAUAGUCUACGCCACGGAGAAAAAACAGACCAAGGUAGAGUUCCCGGAGGCCAAGAUCUACGAGGAGACCCUGAACGCUCUGCUCUAUGAGACACUUCCUGUCCCUGACGACACCUUAUUGGAGGCCACACGCCGUCGCCACGCUCACUGCGGUUCCCACAGUGAGGAGGAGGAAGGCCCCACCCACUCGGGGGCGGACCUUAGGGAGCGCGUGCGCCGUAUCCACGUCAAGAGGUACAGCACCUACGACGACCGGCCGCUGGGACACUAAGGAUGCGUCUCAAAUGGCGCACUAUGAAGUGUACUACCAAGUGUACUACUAAUCCUUCAACUCCCUGUCUCCUGGUCAGUCACAUCUCAAAGAGAGCCCCCCCC